AUGAGGACCAUGUCAGUAGCGCCAGUCAUCAGCUUGGUGCAACAGUCAGUAGCGCCAGUCAUCACCUUGGGGCAACAGUCAGUAGUGCCAGUCAUCACCUUGGUGCAACAGUCAGUAGUGCCAGUCAUCAGCUUGGCGCAACAGUCAGUAGUGCCAGUCAUCACCUUGGUGCAACAGUCAGUAGUGCCAGUCAUCAGCUUGGCGCAACAGUCAGUAGUGCCAGUCAUCAGCUUGGUGCAACAGUCAGUAGCGCCAGUCAUCAGCUUGGUGCAACAGUCAGUAGUGCCAGUCAUCAGCUUGGUGCUACAGUCAGUAGUGCCAGUCAUCACCUUGGUGCAACAGUCAGUAGUGGCAGCCAUCACCUUGGGGCAACAGUCAGUAGUGGCAGUCAUCACCUUGGGGCAACAGUCAGUAGUGGCAGUCAUCACCUUGGGGCAACAGUCAGUAGCGCCAGUCAUCACCUUGGUGCAACAGUCAGUAGUGGCAGUCAUCACCUUGGGGCAACAGUCAGUAGUGGCAGUCAUCACCUUGGUGCAACAGUCAGUAGUGGCAGCCAUCACCUUGGGGCAACAGUCAGUAGUGGCAGUCAUCACCUUGGGGCAACAGUCAGUAGUGCCAGUCAUCACCUUGGGGCAACAGUCAGUAGUGCCAGUCAUCAGCUUGGUGCAACAGUCAGUAGUGCCAGUCAUCAGCCUGGUGCAACAGUCAGUAGUGCCAGUCAUCAGCCUGGGGCAACAGUCAGUAGUGCCAGUCAUCAGCUUGGUGCAACAGUCAGUAGUGCCAGUCAUCAGCUUGGUGCAACAGUCAGUAGUGCCAGUCAUCAGCCUGGUGCAACAGUCAGUAGCGCCAGUCAUCACCUUGGGGCAACAGUCAGUAGCGCCAGUCAUCACCUUGGGGCAACAGUCAGUAGCGCCAGUCAUCACCUUGGGGCAACAGUCAGUAGUGCCAGUCAUCACCUUGGGGCAACAGUCAGUAGUGCCAGUCAUCAGCCUGGUGCAACAGUCAGUAGUGCCAGUCAUCAGCCUGGGGCAACAGUCAGUAGUGCCAGUCAUCAGCUUGGUGCAACAGUCAGUAGUGCCAGUCAUCAGCUUGGUGCAACAGUCAGUAGUGCCAGUCAUCAGCUUGGUGCAACAGUCAGUAGUGCCAGUCAUCAGCCUGGGGCAACAGUCAGUAGCGCCAGUCAUCACCUUGGUGCAACAGUCAGUAGUGCCAGUCAUCAGCUUGGCGCAACAGUCAGUAGUGCCAGUCAUCACCUUGGUGCAACAGUCAGUAGUGCCAGUCAUCAGCUUGGUGCAACAGUCAGUAGUGCCAGGUAGGGCCAGUCAUCAGCAGUCCGUCAGCGGGCCGCGGCUCCUCGCCCCAUCCACUGUCAUUUAA